CUGCAGAACGGCUCAGCCUUUCACCUCACCGGCGCUGUCGACUUUGAUGCCAGCCUCCCCCCUCGUUUGGGACCUGGCACAUCCUUCGCAUACUUUACUGGAGGCAACUUCGAGGGAUUUGAGGAGGCAUGGCUCCGGGCUGCUGAAGAGAGCGAGUAUGGAGAGGUUAAUUUCAUUAUAGCGCCCAUUACCAUGAACAUGCAAGGGCUCGCCACAAGGGUAGUCGCUACUUCCCGCAUCCCAAAGGUUGAAGACAGCAAUGUUCAGAUGCCGGCCGAGGAUGUCACCAGCACUAGUGAUGAGGAGGCGAGAAACGCCCCAGCCGAGAACAAACAGAAGCAAAGCGAAGACUGUUGGUGA